GAGUGAAUUAUGGGAACUGAACACGAUGGAGAGGCGCUACUCCGUGCCGCCCUCCACGAUCUCGGAGCCACGCCCACCGCCGCCCACGCGCCCAGCGGGCUCGGCGCUGCUCACCGCCAGCGAGGACCUCCACGCCUGGUCCAUCUACCGCCAGAACCUCAACUCCGACUUCACGGACACAGCCCUGGGCUCUCAGGACAAGGCGCCACUGCCCUACGGGAACUUCCAGCUGCGGGAGUCCACCGUGCACUCCAUACUCAAUAAUCCCAGAUACGGUCCCAAGAGCGAACUCGGAUCCAACAUGUUCACAUACCUCAAGUUCGGCCUCCCGCGCGUUUUCCCGCCAACCGCUCGAGGGCGAGACGGGAGCAGCGGCUACGACUCCAGCGAUGAUGGAGGAGGAGGUCGAGGAGGAGGAGGAGGAGGAGGAGGAGGAGGAGGAGGAGGAGAAGGAUCGCCGAUAGGAAGAGGAGAUAGAUACACGAGGAGUAAGAGUAAUCCGGAUUUACUCGCGGCUCGGGAUUGGCACACGCCGCCGUCGACGAGAGAGGCCAGGGUCAAGAGUUCGAGCGAAGCCAAUCUGCUAGCUUCCGACGGCUUUUAUAGAGAUAGAAGAGCUAUUAGACCCAUUAGUAAGCUCGGCGGAUCACAGAUGUCGCUAGUUUCCCGCCAAUCUCGCCGAUCCAGACAACAUGGCGCGAUUUUCAACCAGCCCCCCGACGCCAACGGCUACCGCGACCCGCCCAUGCUCAACGACAAGCUGUUCCCCCGCGACAACCCGUGGCCGGACGAGGGCGGGAUGGGCGUGAAGGGACCCCACCUGCAGGUCCGCGGCCUGGUGUACGAGACCCGCGGGCGUGGUGGGCGGACACACCUGCUCGACGGCAUCUCCCUGGAGGCGCGUGGAGGAGAGGUCCUGGCUGUCAUGGCGACCAACGGUAAGUAAAGGGCCUUUCAUGUUAAUUUCAUUGUUAAUGUUAAUCAAUUUAAUGUUAAUUUAAUUUAGGAUGUUUAAUUUUUCUAACUCAUUUUAUCCUUUCUCUUCACGGUUAUUUUUUUCUCCUUAUGUUUGUCAGUUAUGUUUUUUUUUUAUUGAUUUUGAAUUCUUUUCCGAUGUUUUUUUUUGUUUUUGUUUUGUUAUUGUUGUUGUCUUAUUACUCUAUUCGUUAGCCAUUUCGGUUCUUCCUAGUUGUCGCUUUCUCAGUCGUUCGUCUUUUUUUUUAGUUCGCAAAUUCAAAUUCAUUUGCAAAUUGGAUUUUUUUUCUCAAUAUUUCGUUUUUAUUUUGCUUUU